GCUAAGUGCAAGAGAAGCAGUGAGGGGGGACAGAGAUUAGGCUUCAGUGAUGAAGUUUUUAACCUGGACAUUUCUCAACAGACUGCAAAGUCUGUGGAAGUUACACUAGAGUGGAGUAAGCAUACACAUUUUGGAGUUAAAAACUGUCAAAGUGCAUUCUUUCCCAGCUCCCAAUCCGGUGGCCCUGCAGCCAUGGCGUUUGGACCUACUUCGGACACGGCCUCCUGCCGAGUUAAACUCGAGCUCAGGACAGAGAGGACUCCAGCCCAGAGCUGGCAGGACGGCCUCUGUUUAGCUUCCUGACCGCGUGUGUGAGUGGUCAUGUGCUUGCGUUCAAGACUUGGGCCGAGUGCUCUGUGCGUCCACAGUGGAUUCUCUCAAGGCCCCGUCCGGGAAACACCCAGAGGGCCGACUCACCCGUCUUGCCUUGGGAGCCCUGUUGCUGUAAACAAGGGCUGCUUCCCAGGUCACACUGAGCUCCAGGAGCUGGCUUUGGGUGUAGCCAGCGUCGUCUGUACACCUGCUUCAGGACUCGCUGUUUGGGAUGGAGCUGGUGGUGUGCUGCGAACUGGCUCUUGAGGGAAGAGCAGCCCGACGUGCGUACUGCUGCCCGGUGGGACCCAUGUGAGAGAUGGCCAGUGCGGAAGUGAGCGUCCCGGUGGGGGAUGUGGUCGUGGUGCCCACCGAAGGAAGCGAGGGGGAGGGCCCUGAAGACACCAAGACGCAAGUCAUCUUGCAGUUACAGCCUGUGCAGCAAGGGAUGUAUGAAGCCGGGUCGGAGAGUAACACAGCUGUCGUGGCCGUGGGGACGCACACGAUACACAAAAUCCAGGAGGGGAUCGAUGCAAGCACUAUUGAAGCCAACGAGGACAUGGAAAUCGCUUACCCCAUAACCUGCGGGGAGAGCAAAGCCAUCCUGCUCUGGAAGAAGUUUGUGUGUCCGGGGAUAAAUGUGAAGUGUGUCAAGUUCAAUGAUCAGCUGAUCAGCCCCAAGCAUUUCGUCCACCUGGCCGGCAAGUCCACCCUGAAGGACUGGAAGAGGGCCAUCCGCCUGGGCGGGAUCAUGCUGAGGAAGAUGAUGGACUCGGGCCAGAUCGACUUCUACCAGCACGACAAGGUGUGCUCCAACACCUGCAGGAGCACCAAGUUCGACCUCCUGAUCAGCAGCGCGCGCGCCCCGGUGCCCGGGCAGCAGAGUGCGGUGCAGACCCCCGCGGCCGAUGGUAGCAUCACCCAGAUCGCCAUCUCAGAAGAAAGCAUGGAAGAGGCAGGGCUGGAGUGGAACUCGGCGCUCACUGCUGCUGUCACCAUGGCCACCGAGGAGGGCGUGAAGAAGGACGCGGAGGAGAUUUCAGAGGACACCGUGAUGUUCUGGAAGGGCAUAGCCGACGUGGGGCUGCUGGACGAGGUGGUCUGCAACAUCCAGAAGGAGGUCGAGGAGCUGCUCCGGGGGGUGCAGCAACGACUCAUCCAGGCUCCCUUCCAGGUCACGGACGCUGCUGUUCUCAACAAUGUAGCGCAUACGUUCGGCCUGAUGGACACAGUCAAGAAGGUUCUGGACAACAGGAGGAGCCAGGUAGAGCAGGGGGAAGAGCAGUUCCUCUACACGCUGACAGAGCUGGAACGCCAGUUGGAAGAGCAGAAGAAGCAAGCUCAGGACCACAGGCUGAGACCCCAGACAGUCCACAAUGUGGUGCUGAUGCCCGUGAGCUCCCCGAAGCCCCCGAAGAGGCCCCGGCUCCAGCGGCCGGCCUCCACCACCGUGCUGAGCCCGUCCCCCCCUGUCCAGCCGCCUCAGUUCACAGUCAUCUCGCCCAUCACCAUCACCCCUGUGGGCCAGUCCUUCUCCAUGGGGAAUAUCCCAGUGGCCACCCUCAGCCAGGGCUCCAGCCCUGUGACUGUCCACACCCUGCCCUCUGGCCCUCAGCUCUUCCGCUAUGCCACUGUGGUCUCCUCUGCCAAGAGCAGCUCUCCAGACACCGUGACCAUCCACCCCUCCUCCAGCCUGGCGCUGCUGAGCUCCACCGCCAUGCAGGAGGGCGGCGCCCUGGGCAACGUGGCCACCAUGGUGAGCCCCGUGGAGCUGGUGGCCAUGGAGUCCGGCCUGACCUCUGCCAUCCAGGCUGUCGAAAGCACUUCUGAGGAUGGGCAGACCGUCAUCGAGAUUGACCCGGCUCCAGACCCGGAGGCCGAAGACGCAGAGGGCAAAGCAGUCAUCCUGGAGACAGAGCUGAGGACUGAGGAGAAGGCCGCGGCGGACGUGGAGGGGCACCCGCACCAGGUGCACAACGUGGAGAUCGUGGUCCUGGAGGACUGAGCCGGGGCCAGGGCUGAGCUGGGAUUUUACUUGUUUGUUUAUUUUCAUCGUCCCACUCAUGUUCACAUAGGAUCCCCUCCUUUUUUUUUUUUUAAACAAAAUCUCACUGUUGUAACGGCAGGUUUUCGGUUCUUCCACCACUCAUUGAAAACCGGACAAAGCAAGCUGCCUUCUGAUGCCGAGCGGGGCCCUCAGUACCCUCGCCUUGUGCCCGGACGGUUCUGCUUUCGGGAGGUGUCGGAGAACCAGGAGCCCUGCCCAGCGCUCCUUCCGGGCUAAUCGGUCUGCACGUGGUUUUAUUCUUGCCAAGAGGCGUUGGCGGACCCGGACCGCAGACCUGGCUCUGGGAGGCAGCUGUGGCGGUGGGGGCUUCACUGUGUCCUGGAAAGGCGCGGAGGCCGCUAGGCUGAACAGAGGACGCUGGACUCUGAGAAGGGGAGGUGGCUGCCCACUCGCCUAGAGAGGGAGGCGGAGGCACCUCGGCAAGAGGGGCACAGGACUGGUCUCGUCUGCAGGUGCCACCGAGAGCUCUGCGGGUACCUCCGGGGCACCUUGGAGGGAGGCUGCUGCCUGUUGGAUGCCUCUCCGUAGAGCCCGUGGCAGUGGCCGGUGGCUUGGGCCGGCCGGACACCAGGAUGCCAGGCUGCGCUCUGGCGUUCGAGUGAGAGCUCACCCGCACUCCAGAGUGGGACGGCGGGGUGUGGCUGCACUGGUCCUUGGACUGCUGUCCUGGGGUGGGCCCAAGGCUGUCACUUCAUCACGGGGCCCCAGGGAGACCGCUGUGCUUUAGUUGGGCUCUCCUUUAGCCCCAGCCGAGCCGCGCCUCCCCCGUGCUUUUCGUGCUUCUCGCCCGUCCCCCGCCUGUCCGCCCCGCUUCCCGCUCAGAGUCCCCGCUGCAGCUUCCCGGCUCAGGAGCGGUGACAGGUGCCUGCCCCCACGCUCUCAGGCCCGUGGGCAUCAUGACGCAGCUGUUUCUGCAGAUGCCGCGCAGGCUUGGCGGGGGCAGCACACCCCAGCUUUCCUGAGGCACCACCUCCCGGGGAGGGGGCAGGCCGUGGGCGGGGCCCGGGGUGGGUACAACGUUGUGUUUGGCUUUCUUUCCGUUUUUUUAAAUGUGGUUUGUCGUUUAGCGCUGGGCCAUUUUCUGUGCGAUUCCUGCUCUCAGACCCUCUGCCCUGGGGCAAGAGCAGGCCCUGGAUUUUUUUUCUUUAACUGCAUCAUCGACUUCUCUAAGACAAACUUAGGGGAGCUGAAGACUGUCUAAAGGAGAAAUAGGUCAAAAAGAAAGCACACACCUUAGGAGUGGGAGAAUUUUUUUAAUUAAAAACAAAACUUUGGCCUGCCA